AUGAAGUCCAAGUCAUCUAGGCAGGCUCCAAUUCAGCACAAAUCCGCUGAAAGCGACGAUAUUUUAUCCUUAAUUAAAUCGGCAAAGCACGCGAUAAAUUGAAGAGAUUUUAAAAAAAAUAGCAAUUUAUCCAGCUUAAAAUUCCCACAAAAUAAACACCCAAGAACCCAAAUAAUCAAAAAUCCAAAAGAUGACCUCCCUGAGCUAGGAAAAUAUUUACUCCCCCCCCCCCCUCCGUGAGCGAACAAAACCAUUAGAAAAAAUCGCCAUUUUUUGACCAAAAACCCACCCUCCGUGAGUGAACAAAAAAUUUUUUUAAUAGAAAAAAAUUUUAAUGGAAAAAAUUUUGAUAUAUAAGUGAUAAUUAGUAUAAUGAAAUCUAGAGCUAAUUCUGUUUAAUUUUAAACAAAUUGCGUUUUAAAACAUAAAUUUUGCAAAUUAAAUUAAUAUUUGCUUCCCAUUUUUGCAAAUUAGGAUUUUUUUAAAUUUCGAAAAAAAUAUUUUUUAUAAAAUUUAUAUAUAAAUUUUUUUUAAAAAACAAAAUUACCCCCCUCCGUGAGCGAACAAAAUUUUUUUGUUCGCUCACGGAGGGGGGGGGGGGAGUUAGUAAAUCUGAACACAUCAGAUAUUUCAUAUCUCAAAGAUGCCUUAAAGCCUCCAAAAACUGCCCUUCAGCCAAUAGUAAUUUUUCCAACCGAUAUCAAGCAUUUAGAAAAGUUUCUAGAAGGGAUGGACAAAAGCGAUUCCCCAAGCGCCCAUGCAACCCAUCUACUAAUUAACCAGUCUCUUUGCAAAAAAGAAGGCUGCCUUGAUCACUUGCUAAUAAACAACCAAAGUGAGGGAAAUCUCAGAAAAGGAUUUCGGAGUGUAGCACUUGCAUCGGAAAGAUCAAUUGAUAUAUUAGAAAGAUAUGAUUUAGGCAGUCCAUCUGGUCGGCAAGAAGUAUCAAACCUAAAAAACUGACUGGAUUUAAUGAGGAGCAAAUAUCUUAGAAGCGGUGACUCUGAAGAUGAAAAUACUUUAGAAGACCUAAGAUCAGGCGAGCUAAUCUACACAAUAUGCCAAAGAGAAUUAAUCCGUCAAGUGUCAGUAUAUUGUGUAGAAAGAGGAGAGUUAUUAGAAGAAAUAUUUAAAGGCUUUGAUUUUAUUUACAAACAAAGGGAAAAAAUUAAAGAAAGCUUAUUCGAAAACUCAAAAGAAAAAGCAAAAAUAGAUCAAUAUGAUAAAGAAAAACUUUUGAAUUUGCAAGUAAAAGAUUUAACGCUUCAAUUGCAAUCUUUAACUGAUAAAUUAGAAGUGAAUAAAGAUAAAAAGAAUGGGCUUAAAAAAGAACUGGAACUUCUCUCCAAAGAGUAUGAGGAUUUUAAGAUAAAAAGUGAUAAAAGUGCUGAAGAAUGGAAGAAAAUUGAGAGGAAACUGAGGAAGGAAAUAGAAAAAUUAAAAGAUAUUUAUAUGGAAAAUGCACAGGAUAGGCUAAAAUAUGAAAACUCGAAAACUGAUUUAACUAAGAUCAGUGAAAAUCCUGCAGAAAAAGAAAGCUCCCUUGCCAAUAACAAUUUAAGGCUAUUUGUAGGCAAUGGCAUAAUGAAUGUCAGCAAAACGUAUAGAUUUUCAAGAAGUGUAAAGCAAGGGAUUGACAUAGAAGUACAGACAGAUAUCCCGGAUCCUCCGAAAGAAGUGAUAAUAGCUCCCGAGUCAAAAUCUAUAGCUGAACCCCAAAAAGCUCCUGAAGCUCCGAAAGUAGUUAAAAAGAAGACUAAAAAGCCUAUAUUAAGGAACAGAUACUCCCAAACGGAUUCCAGGCAAAACUCGAUCAAAAAAAUUAAAACUGAAGAAGUUGUAGAAGUUAUCAAUAAUGAAAUUCCUAUAAAGCAGAAUAAUGAAGAAAUAGAAGAAAUACCAAAUUCUUCAGACACUUCUCAAAAUGUUAUUGAAAACCCUCCCGAACCACCUGUUCAAGAAGUUAAAAUCGACGAAAUAGAAGCAGGCCAAGACUCCCCAGAUAUAACUCCAAGAAUGGAACACCAAGGUACAGCUCAAGUCCAAGAAAAUGGACAAAAACUAUUAAACCCAAAUAGCAUAGGAGCAAAAGAUAAAAAGCAAAGAAUAAUCAAAACAAGAAAAUCGGUGAUGCUCGCUGCUCCUCCUUUAGCACUUAAUGAAAUAGAAUCUGGGAAAAAUAGUCAACCAAUUUCGCGGAGAUCAAAAAAAUCUAGUAGAACUCUACCAAAAAACCAAGACGAAUUAGGAGAAUUGCAGUCUAAGUCAGAAAGAGACCAGAAAAGAAUGUCAAAUAGAGGAGAUGACUCAAAUCGAGAAUCAAAUGAAAAAUCACUAAAUAUCGAUGCUUCAGAACAAGCUAAUACGCCUAAGCUGCAAAAAGGUGAGACGAUAUCGAGGGCUAGUAAAGAGAUAAUUAACGAAGAGAAAACAAUGAGAAAGGCAAGAGAACACAAGGCAAAAAGAAAAAGGGAAAAUUUGAGUCCAUCAAAAAAGGAUGAAGUUAGCCCCGACAUGCAGGAUUCUGAUUUUGAAGAAAAUAUUGAUCCAGAAAGUCCAAAUCAAGAAAACUUCGAAGCUCAGCAGGACGAAAGAGAGCCAGCAAUCUCCGCAAAUAGAAAAAAGAAAUAUAAAAAAAAUUCAGUGAAUAAAUCAAGACCUGAAGAAUCUCAAUCAAAACUCGAAAAAUCUUCAUCAAAUAUACUUUCCCAAGUUCCUCAGACUUCUAUUGAAAUUCCUAGCACUCCAGAGCCUCCAAACUCAAACAGACUUUCUCCAACUUCUCAGCUUCACAGCCCAGAUCUUGCACGUUCCUACUCAAUCACAAGUUUUAAAGAACUAGAAGAAGAAAACGUUAGCAUUGUGAACAUAAUCCCUCCAGAAGCAGAUCGCCCUUCAUGGACUUUAGGCUACCAAGCAGGCUAUGAAGUAGGAAAACGUGAAGGUUUUCGGGACGGUGAAGCCUUUGGUAUAGAAGAAGGGCAAAUGAAUGGCUACAUAAAAGCUUCAAGAGAAUACGCAAAUAACUCAAGAAACUCUCAGCUGGACGUAUCUGAUGAAGACUACUGGGAAACUGAUAACCAGUCAGAAAGUGACGAAGAUUACAAAGAAACUAAAGAAAGUGAGGAAAAUAACACAGAAGAAUCAGAAAGAAAACAUAAAGAAAGAUACAAAAAAAGAGUCAAAAGUAUAAUGAAAAAUGAAAUUAGAAAAAUGGAGACAGAAAAGUUAGCUGAAUUGCAAGAGAACGAAAGUGAAGAAGAAUAUGAAGAUAAAGGAUUGAGCUUUGAUACUGAAAAACUUACGAUUGAGAGUGAAGACGAAGAAGAUUAUGAUGAGAUUAAGCUAGACAAAGAUAUGAAUAAAGAAGAAAAAGAAGCAAAGAUAAAUGACGAAAAAGGUAAAUAUAGCGGACAUAGAGACUCAGUCGAAAAACCAAAAGUCAGAGAGGUCACCAAAUUCGCUGAAUUUCACUUCCACAAGCGCGAGACCAAAAGAAUCCACAAAAAAGUCCUCUCUUCUGCCCCUCUUUUAAAAAAAUUUUUAAGUCGUUCCAUGAAAUGAAUUUUACGCAAAGCUACAAUGAGCCGCAGAAUGGUCAAUAAAAUAAUAUCUUCCUUCUGUACAUCUUCUUCAUCAAACAAAAUCAGCAAUUCCUACUCUGUGCUUGACUAUCUCUAUAAUGACAUGUCAGAAAAAUACGCCCUGAAAAAAAUCACUGAUCGAAAAUUCCUUGAAUUUAUUGCUUCCCUCUUGCGGUCGUCAGACUCAAGACGUGCCCUGAUGUUUUUAAAGUUAACUGGCCUCAGCGACAAAAUAAACAUGAAAGGCUACUCUAUAUUUACUUUCAAAUUCUAUUUAAAGGCACUUUCAUUUAUGCAGAAGGCAAAAAUCGGAAUAAAUUCAUCAUUUGACGAAACUGCUGAUAUUAUUUAUAUGCCAACUUUAAGAGCUAUUGAGUGCGUUAAGGAUAAACUUGAUGGAAUUGUAGAUAAAGCGGUCAUGAAUAAAUUAAUUUCACAAGUAGAGCAAGCCUCAAUACAAGACCCUCUGAAAAUAAACACAGGGCUUGUAGAAGAAGAAUAUGUGCUAGAGCUAAUGGUGGAGCAGUAUGAAGAAUAUCAAGGGAAAAUACAAAAAGGGGUUGAUGAAGCAGUUUCUGCUAUAAAAUGUAAUGAAGAUUCCAGUUACAUGUCUAAAUGUGAGUUUAUGCUUCUCGCAAGACAUAUUUCCCCUGUUAAAUUUUCUGCCAUGCAAAAAGAUGAUGCAGAGCUUAACAUGAAAAAUAGCAUGUCUCUAGUUGAUUUUAAAAGUAAAUGCAUAGAAAAAGGGAUAUUGAGUAUCAAUGAUGUAAAAUUGUUCUGCCAAGUAAAUGACGAGUACUCAAAAGAAGAAAUUUCAGAAGAAAUUAAAACUUCUAUUGAAGAAAUGAUAAUGAUUGUGAAAAAUAUUGAGAAUAUAGAAGAAAAAAAUAUUUUGAAUAAAGAAGAAUGGGAAAUGAAGCUCACAAACUGUGAAAAUGGGGUUGAUGAGAGAGAUGCUAAACUCACAAAGUUAGCCUGGAAGUUGUAUCAAGAUGAACUGCAGCGAUUAAAGUCAUUGAUAAAAGAAACAUAA